UACGAGCUGUUCCCACCAGUUGAUCAAACUGGUCCAAUUACACCGUGAUAGGGCCCCGCGAAUACCACUUUUUUCGAGCAAAUGACCGACAAAUGCUAAUGUCGGCAUUAACAGCUACUUAUUUUCAGGAAAACACUAUCUAAUUGCUGAAACUUAGCACAUUGAAAUGAUCUAAAUCUGAUAUAAGUACCAAGUCUUGGCUUUGCCAGAGUCUUCUGAUGUCUGCUGAUCAGUCUAUCUAGCUAUCUUUACAGUGUGUAUGAUCAUCAUGAGAUUGAGUUGAUAGGUGCCAUGGGCAAUGAGAUGGGGAACAGCAAUGUUACUGGUGUUGAAGCAUCAGAACUAGACAAUGUUGAGGCUGCCAAAGCAAUCAUGUCUUUGGAUUCUUUAAAAGCUACUGAGAAAUAUGAUGCCGAGGAUGUAGCCACAAAUGAACCGUUGAAAGAUGCGAUUGUGUCGAACGUAGCGGAGGCAACCAACAUGGUGAAUCAAGAAAAUGUAGAAGAAAAGCAUAUGGAGUCCAUUGAAGAUGAUCCAAAGCAAACAGAAGAGCAGAAUCAGCAAGAAUCAUCUGAAGAUUCAGCUCCUGAGCAAGAUGCUGAGGAUUUAGCCACAAAUGAAUCUUUGCUAGAUUCAAUCAUUUCAGAUGACACCGAUGCGGCCAACGUAGUGAAUGAAGCAAAUCUACAAAAAGAAUCCGAUCAAGCUCAUUCGUUCGUGGCAGAAGAUGAACCGAAUCAGCAAAAUUCAUCUGAAGAAAAAGAGGAAGAGAUGAAGAGCAAUUCGGCACUGGACGCUCUAUCUAGAAAAGAAGAAACGCAACCGAUCCUAUUCGUAGAUCUAGAGAACAACGAAAGAGCGGAAAAUCCCAGAAUCACUUCUGCAGAAUCCUAUAAUGCAGAUCUCAAAGAAAAGACGUUUAGCGAUGAAAAUAGUCCAGAAUCGACCAAAAAGAUUGAUCAAAUUGGAGAUGUGAUGAGCGAGGAAAUUGAUGAAAGCAGUACUGCUAAUUCCACAUCAUUAAAAGGAAAUAAUAUAAUCGAUUCACUAGAUGGAGAGAACGGAUCCUGCAGAGAGGAAAUUUUGGUGGAUAGCAAUGUGAUUGAUAGAAAUGAAAUAAGAAUUGAAGAAGUAGAACUCCAAGAAGAAGACAAAGUAGAAAGUAAACACAUAGUGUUUCACCCAGGAAGUACUUCGUCGGCUGAAUCAAUCAACACAGUUUUUCUCGAUGCGGUCGAUUAUGAUCUUAAAGCCCUGCUUAUAGAAGAAGAAAUCAAAGAGAUUGACCAAUCACCUCCAAAAAUAGACCUGGAUGUUAAUGGAAAGAAUCUUUUUCCUAAAGUAGAAUCAGCACAAACAAAGAUCGAUGGCGGUAUGGUUGAUAAUAACAAUACCCAAUUUAGUACAAUAAGUCCUGGCCAAGAAGAGAAGCUUGAUAAGGCAAAUGGUAGGUCUGAAUACUCAAUCCGCGGGCAGCUAAUGCAAGAAAAAGAUAUUAAUGGGAUCGACAGCUGCGACAGUGCGACUGUGAUUGAGAGUCAGCAUGUAAAAGAAGAAGAUCAGCAAGUAGAAGGAGAGGCAUACAACCGAAGCAUGGUCGAUGAACAGAAACUGGAGAACAAAAUUGAGGAAUUAAAUGACGAAGACAAACAUGUAGAGGAUAAACUAUCCUCAUCUAUUUCAGAUGCUCUUGUAGUUUCAAGUGAAGACGGUAUGAAGGGAAAAGAAGAUUUAGAUGCAGAAGACGUGAUUAAUACAACCGCUAUCUCAAAUGAUGCAGCUGAUUUACUAGAGGAACAAAACGAAUCUACUAGAGACUUGAUAUCAACAUUAUUAGAACCUGAACGAAGUUUGGAUGAGAGCAUGACCAAGGAAACAAAAGACCCAAAUGCAGGUGGAAGUGCUGCAGAGGAAAGAAGCGAAGACCCCGACGAAGUUUUUGGUGGUCAAAUCAAAGUUCUUGAUACAAGCAUGUCGAAAGAGGAGCAUGUACAUGAUUUGAAUUUAGUAGGAACCGUAAAUUCAGCUUCCUAUCAAUCAGAAUCAGAUGAUAAUGGUAAAAGCUCAAUUAUGUUGCAGCAGAAAUCUCCAAAUCACUCAAAAGAACUCGAAGAACAGCAUACUGAAGCUGAAUCCACCAUAGAGACAAGUGACAAGAGCAUCUGUGCCGGCGGAGAUAUAAAUAACUGCCUAAACAUCUCCUCAGAGCUCAGAGCUAUCAUCGACAAAAGCAAUAGCGAAGCAGACCAAGUUUUGGCUCAAGAAAAUGAAGUUUCAGGGUUUGAAAAUAUUGACGCAAAUCUGGAUUUUGCGAAGCAGCCACGGGAGUAUAAUUCGAUCAGCGAGGCUGCAGUCUGCAUAGUGAAGGCCGAAAGUUCUACGUCAGAGACUAUAGAGAGUCUCUUCUGUCUUGAAAAAUCAAGUGUAGAAAUCGUAAAUUCAGAAUCAAAUUCACCGCAAAAAGAUUGCGAGAAAAUUCUGCUGCUCGAUCCACUUGAAAGCGCAAAUUGUCUCAUUGAUGUCUCUGAAAACCAAGAAAUCCCUGCAAGCACUGCCAAUAUCUUUGAAGUCAAGUGCGAAGAACCUGACAAGACUCUGCCAAAUCAUGAGAAAACUGCUCAAGAUGAUACUUUUGGUUUCCUAACAAGCAUUCCUGACACUAAAGAGAGCACAAUAUACGACGUCAACACUACCUCGAUACUCGAAUCCAGCAAGGAAGAAUCCGAUAAGAGCCCACUGCUAAGUCGGAAGAAUUCGAAAGAGCGUGAACUUCCUUCACUAGAAAGAAACGACUCGAGAAAACUGAAGAUACCACUGCUCAGCCUAAUGAAGGAGGAUGUUUUCACCGCAGAAUCAUCAGAUGAAAAAGCAGGCCUUAUUCCGAAGAACAAUGAUGCAGAAAUGUGCCUCUCCACUCCGAAGGAAAUAGCAUCUACAUCUCCUAAACGGAGAGGUAAGCAGAAACCGCGCUCUUCUCUUUUCGGCAGUUGCAUGUGUUGCACCACAACCGCUAACUAAGCGUUGCGUACGUGUGUUCCCUAGCUUCUUUGUUUUCAUUCUUUUUUACAUUUGAUUAUAUAGUUCUUGAGUUUAUCUGAGUUGAUAUUGGGGAGAAUUAUUUGAGAUGUGGCUUGUUUGGACUGUAUAAGUGAGUGAUAUCAGAAACACGGAGAGAUCAUGUAGCAGUUAUAUAUUUGCUUGCGAAUUUUGUAUCUUGUUUCAUUCUUCUAAAGCAAAUUUACAGUUUGAACAUUGUUUUCAU